AUGUUUGACUGUAUGAAGCAUCGGGACACUGCCAAUUAUGACAGGUUUGAUGAUGCAAUAUUAGUGAAAUUAAAGAUUUAUGCUCCAAGUUUAAUGUAUCCUGAUACACAAAAUGUUAAAGGUCUUCAUACAUCAUUAAGCGGAUUGGAAAGAGCCCCUCUAUUGGAGGAGUCUUUGAAAAUUGAUGAUAGUUGUCGUGGUUUUGAUAUAAUUGAAAAAUUGGAAAAUCUUGUCUGGCUAUCUACAAUCUAUGGUGUUAAUAUUAACUCAUGGAGUGAUCUUCUUUUCUUGUAUUUAUCGCCUGUUUUGAAACAACGUAUUAGAGUGCGUUUGACUGCAAAGGGAUCCUUGAAUCGGAUUGAUCGUUGGCUACAUUCUCUCUUUGCCUUAACUGAAAAUAUUCAUUUCAGAGCCCAUCAAAAAGAAAUAAUCAAACAAGUUGAGCUGUUCUGCCCCAAUAAAGGUGACUGUUUGAUUGAAAGUUUGUUGAAGGUGAUUCGGUUGUCAGAGAGGCUUCCAGAUGGGAUGGCAUUAGAAAAUGCUAAGAGAAAUGUUUUAGGGCUUACUAUGUGUUACUUUUUGCGUUCUGGAAAGAGUAACAAAGAUUUUCUAGGAAGUUUGGGAGACGUAGAGUCAUCUCAUGAAUUGAGGCAGCUUAUUUGGGGGACCAUACCAGAGGAGGCCACUUAUUAUUAG